CGGAACACUUUGAGUUGGAAGUGUUUUGUUUCUGAUGUAGUUAUUUUACGCUUCUUAUAGUUUGAAUCCGCUGGCGGUUUUAAAACCCGUAUGUUUUGGGAGGACAAACACUUUGAAUCACUCCUAACUACCCGGUGGUAAAAGUUGUCUAUACAAUUGUGUGGAAACAAUUGAAACAGCAGACAAGAAGAAGAGACGCAGAAGGAAGCAUGGCUGCGGACAUGAGAUUACCGAGUGUUAGGAAAUUAAUUCCUUUCUCAGUUUCUGCUGCAGACCAAAAAGAUCUGGUGGUCCCUGGCGAUGUCAUCACUCCAGAAGCUGGUUUUAUGAGGGGUCAUGGCACCUAUGUUGACGAUGACAAGCUGACUGCUUCAGUAGCUGGGCAGGUUGAGAGGGUGGACAAACUUAUAUGUGUCAGACCAUUUCAGACCAGAUUCUAUGGCGAGAUUGGAGAUGUUGUGGUUGGCAGAAUUACAGAGGUACAACAAAAAAGGUGGAAGGUGGAGACCAACUCCAGACUUGACUCUAUGCUCUUGUUGUCGUCUAUCAAUCUGCCUGGAGGAGAACUGAGGAGAAGAUCAGUAGAAGAUGAACUCACCAUGAGGGAGUAUCUUGAAGAGGGCGAUCUAAUCAGUGCAGAGGUGCAGUCUGUGUUCUCAGAUGGUUCCCUGUCUCUUCAUACUCGUAGUUUAAAGUAUGGAAAAUUGGGUCAGGGAGUACUGGUACAGGUUUCCCCUUCUCUGAUCAAGAGGCAGAAGUCACAUUUCCACAACUUACCUUGCGGCGCAUCCAUAAUCCUUGGAAAUAAUGGCUAUGUGUGGCUGUUUCCCACAUCGGAACAGGAUGAGCAAGCUGGGGGUUUCUACACCGACCUGGAGCCUGUUAGCCUGUCGGAUCGAGAGGUGAUUUCUAGGUUGAGAAACUGCCUGCUGGCUUUGGCUGCACACAAAGUCCCGCUGUAUGACACCAGUGUUCUCUACUGCUUCGAAUCUUCGCUCGAGCACCAGGUCAAAGACAUCCUAAAACCUGAGGUGAUGGAGGAGAUUGUAAUGUUGACGCAUCAUAAACUGUUGGAACAAGAAGGUUAAAGAGCUUCAAAGAUUUCCUCGCAAAAGCCAAAUCAAAUUGGUCAGCUUUGAGAUGGGACCACUUACUACUUCAUGUGAAGACUGAACUUGCUUAUUUUCCAAUGUCUUAAAUGUCUAAGUGAACUGCUUGGUUGUUUCAGAAGACUAUUUAACAUUUGUAAGACACAUUUGAAAGUGGAUGAUGGUGUGCGAAUAAAACUCAGUACUUUCUAUACAUUUGUACUCAUUUUAGUGUGACUUGUGUCAUCCUGUACAACUAUUUGGGCCUUUUAAUUGAAAGCAAACUGACAUUUGAGCGACAGGU